CAUUUUUAAUAUGUUAAUUUUGUUGAUAUUCGGCUGGAGUUCAUUUUUGGCUUUUAGUUUGAAUUUUAUUCAAUAUCCCCACUUUGGGGUUUUCGCAGUUGCACACAGAAAAAAUAGGAAACACUUUGCAUGAAGGGCUAAUGGAAGACACAAGGGAUUUGGCUGAACACACUCCACGUUCAGAACGGAAGAGGCGGGACUCCUUCGGGAUGUUUGAUGGGUAUGACAGCUGCAGUGAGGACUCCAGCAGCAGCUCCAGCUCGGAGGAUAGUGAGGAAGAGGUGCCUUCCAUCCCCGCCAGCCUCCCCAUCAUCAAGAACAAUGGCCAGGUGUACACCUACCCUGAUGGGAAGGCGGGAAUGGCCACGUGUGAGAUGUGUGGGAUGGUGGGAGUAAGAGAUGCUUUCUACUCCAAAACCAAGAGGUUCUGCAGUGUGUCCUGCUCCAGAAGCUACUCCUCGAAUUCUAAAAAAGCCAGCAUCCUGGCUCGACUCCAGGGUAAGCCACCAACAAAAAAAGCAAAAGUCUUACAGAAACAACCUCUAAUGGCAAAGUUGGCUGCCUAUGCCCAGUACCAAGCAAGUCAACAGAACCAAGCUAAAUCAAAAACAGUGGUCCCUGUGGAGGGCUUUGACUGGGGUCGUUACAUCUGCAGCAGUAACUUGGUUGGCGCUCCAGUUAGCUGCUUCAAGCAUGUCCCUAUGGGAACAAACUGGGGUGACAUCGCAGAAGGAGUGAGGGUGGAAGUCCCCAACUCUGACUGCACUCUGCAAACUAAAGUCUACUGGAUAGCGGGUAUCAUCAAACUGGCAGGAUUUAAGGCGCUCCUUCGGUACGAAGGUUUUGACAACGACGCCAGCCGGGACUUCUGGUGCAACCUCUGCAUCCCUGAAAUUCACCCAGUGGGCUGGUGUGCAUCCAGUGGGAAGCCUCUCGUACCCCCCAAAUCCAUUCAGCAUAAAUACACAAACUGGAAAGCGUUCCUUGUGAAGCGCCUUACAGGAGCCAAAACGCUUCCUCCGGACUUCACCGCCAAGGUGCAGGAAAGCAUGCAGUACCCUUUCAAAAAACUGAUGCGUGUGGAGGUGGUGGACAAGACGCACCUGUGCCGGACACGCGUGGCCCUGGUGGAGCAGGUGAUUGGAGGCCGGCUGCGUCUGGUUUACGAGGAGAGUGAAGACGGCACCGACGACUUCUGGUGCCACAUGUACAGCCCGCUCAUCCAUGGCAUCGGCUGGUCUCGAAGCAUCGGACAUCGCUUCAAAAGAUCCGAUGUGUCCAAGAAGCUUGAGGGUCAGGCAGAUGCUCCUGCUCAACUGUUCUUGAAGGUGAAGGAUGUUGACCAAAGUGGGGAUUGGUUUAAAGAUGGAAUGAAGCUAGAGGCGAUUGACCCUCUAAAUCUCUCAGCCAUAUGUGUAGCUACUGUAAGAAAGGUCUUGGCAGAUGGGUACCUCAUGAUUGGGAUUGACGGUUCUGAGGCGGCAGAUGGUUCUGAUUGGUUCUGCUACCAUGCCACCUCCCCUUCCAUCUUUCCUGCCGGCUUCUGUGAAAUAAACAACAUUGAACUCACGCCACCUCGAGGGUACACAAAACUCCCAUUCAAAUGGUUUGACUACCUCAGGGAUACGGGUUCAAUUGCAGCUCCUGUGAGGCUCUUCAACAAAGAGGUUCCAAACCAUGGUUUCCGUCCGGGCAUGAAGCUGGAAGCUGUGGACCUGAUGGAGCCACGGCUUGUGUGCGUCGCCACGGUGACGCGCAUCGUUCACAGGCUUUUGCGCAUCCAUUUUGAUGGCUGGGAGGACGAGUAUGACCAGUGGGUGGACUGUGAGUCACCUGACCUCUACCCUGUGGGCUGGUGUCAGCUGACAGGAUAUCAGCUUCAGCCACCUGCUGCACAGAGCCCCAGAGAAAUCCCCACACCAGUGACGAAGCAGAAGAAAAAGUCCCAGCAGUACAAAGGGCAAAAGAAAAAGAGGAAGAUUCCUGUUGGGAAGAGGCCGGUCAGUUUGUCGAGUGUGCCUCUGACAGGCACGGUGCGGAGGAGCUUCUCGGGUGACGAAGAGCUGACUCCGCCCCUUUACCCGUCCCAUCCCGCACACGCGGCGGCCACGGGGCCCACUCAACCUCCCACCACUAGUGGGGAGCUCAAUCCCAGCCUCAAAUCAGUGGCAUCACUGCAGCUGAAAGAGGAGGCACAAGAGGUGGAUGAGUUCAGCUUCUCCCAAGGUGUCUCGGACCAGGAGAGCAACGGCUCUGGCAGCUACUACAUCAAACAGGAGCCGUGACACAACCGACAGGAACUCUUAAUUAAGGCAGGAGCUUCUGCCCUGUCUGACCUGGCCAGCACUUGGAUAGCAGCUUCUGGUGGUGUGGAGCGCGGUGGAGGGACUGCAGGAGAGGCUUAAAUCCAGAUCUUAAGCAAUGGUUUAUCGGGUAAGAAAGACAAAAGAAUUUAGCAGAAGUAGGUGAAAGAGGUGUUUUGCAGGAUUCCUUUUUUUGUUUUGUUUUCAUAAAUUUGCCAGAUGGACUUUAAAUGUUCAUUGUACUUGAAGUUUUCAAAGAUGUUUUUGUAAGAUUUUUCAAAGUUGAGAACUGUUGUGUGUCUUAUGUUUCGGUAACUUUGGGGAUAUUUUGUGAGAAAAUUUAAGUUUAAUGGGGAAAACUAUGAAUAUAUAUAAAUAUAUAUAUUAAUUUGUGAUGAAGAGUGGGUUUUGAAUAUAUUAUAUAAAUCAUAAACCUUACUGGUAUGAACAGACAUUCAGAAUAAAUGGAAAACACUGUCAUAGAUUGCACUACAGGAAUGUACAUUUCAAUCAGCCUGUAGCAGUCACCAUUGCCACAAAGCAGCUUUAUUGUGUGAGUAACAAAACACGUUGACCGUCAAGCAAAUUUGUAAAAUUUUAAAAGUUCUGUGCGAAUUGUAAAGAAAUAUGCUACAUGUCACAGUUGACAUUAAGAUAUGCAAGCUUCUGAGUUGCGUUUUUUUAGAGAGAGAUCUGUAAUAUAUCACCAUCUGUCUGAAAAGUUCCAUAUUUCAGAGCCAUAUUGUUGCAGAUAGGUGAAGUAUUCAACUGAGCCUCUGAAUAAAGUAUUAUUUGCAUUAUUACCAUUAUUACUAUUAUUAUUGUCACCAUUAAAGUGUACUUCAGGUUGUUUCUAAAAGAAGCGCUACCUUACCAUCAUAUUUUAAUAUAUGUCAUUAUAUCCAAAAUGAGCUGUUAGGCCAGAAUCUGUUUGGAAACUUAAAUCCAGCAUUAAUUUAUGGUUUAGUUUAGAAGUCUACAGAAAGCACUGAAAAUAGAAAUAUGUUAAAAGCUCAUGGUACAGACACAUUUCAAUAUACAGAUAUAAGCCAAGUUCAACUUAGUUUUCUCAGGUUGAUCUUUGGUUGAUUAAACAUUUUAUUUCCGCAUGUCCAUCGUACCAACGUAUCCAUUAUUAUUUUUUCUUUCAUGGCAUGAGAAAAUACUGUCUUGUCCUACCGUAAAAAAAGAAAGAAAAUCAUUCCACCUCAGAAAUCUUUGUACUACCUCUUUAAGAACCUGGCAGCGAAACACUCGAGCAGUUUCCAAACCAUGAGGUAGUGGGACCCAGGAAGACCAGCUGUCUUGACCAUUGGUUGAUUAUAUUUGAUUCAUAUGUAGAAUGGCAGUGAGGAAACUGUGUGCAGAGUACCUUAUGCAAAGGAAAGUGUAAAAUCUGUAAUUCACCAAGCAGUAAAUGUAUAUUCUACCUUCAUCAUAAAGCUUAAAAUGGCACACACCAAACAGAUUUUUUAUAACAUAGCUUAUUCACAAAGGAGUCAUUUCAAUGGAGACUCAAUAUGCAAUAAUAAUUUUAAUUGAAUUAUUGCUAUAACAGGCUCUCAUAUAUUUGAAGAUUAAAAUAUAAAAAAUAUAAUAUAUACAUAAAUCUAAUUACUAUUAAAUUAGUUGCAUAAAGGUGACAAUUUCUGUAUCAUCUGUGAUUUUUCCCAUUUUCUGUGUGUGUGCAUGUGUACGUGUGUGUGUAAGUGUGCGUGUAUGUGUGCGUGUCUGAAGUGAUAUAUAUGCACACACACAUCGUGUGAUGUGUGCAUGUAUAUAUAACAAACUAUACAUACUAUUUUGAAAUUGACCAUGUAGCUGUAGAACUGUUGAGUUCAAUGAUUGUCACAGUAGGUGUGAAUAACUGUACUAUAGUCUCACUUCAUAUACCAGUAAGGUUGACAAUAAAUUCUCAGGAAACCUUUGCAUCUUGUUUAAUAGGCUUGUUGUGGGUUUGUGGGGUGUGGCUAAUGGCUUUCGAGGUGGUCAGUAUUGAAGAUAUACCGGACAUCUUAAUUAAAGCAAAAUACUUUUUAUUAGUUGUUACUGUUGCAUCAGGCUUGCCGCUUACGUGAAUAUUGCUGAGGUUUACAUUAAGUGUAAACUCUUCAAGGGCACUUUGGGGUCAUUCUUUGAAGGAGUACCCUUUUUACAUUGCUAUACUUUUAAAAUGGAAACCCUGAGUUCAGUCAGUAGCCCUCCCAAAGCCAGGUGAUCAAUGCUUGGUUCUUCCAACCAAACAUUUUCUACAAUUUUUUUAAAAUUUUUUCCCCGCCUCAUUCUUUCUCUCUCUCUCUCUCAGAGAACAAUCUCAGGUGCUCUUGAACAAGACGCAAAUUAAAAACUUAAUGGGACACCUCUUGCUCAGUUUUUGAAUUCUUGAAAAGCACUAUGCCACAAAGUUCUGUCAUUCUGUAAGUUUUUUUAUUUUAUUAUUUUUUUCUCCCUGUAGUCUGUGGAUAGAUGCUUUUGAAUGAUUCUUUUUAAACAUCACAGUGAGAGAUGUUUAAAUUCUUGUGUGACCGCAUUUACUUUGUUUUGUAGACGGAUUGAGGGCCAGCUAGCUUUUGAGUUCUAAUAUUUCUUUUUCUUUAAUUAGUUAUGCUUUAUUUAUUCCUUGGAAGGGGAUAUAUGGGCACAACCUCAAUUAUGCUGGCUGGAAAAAGUGAAAACUAACUGAGUUUACCCAAGGUCAUAGUAGGGUCCAGCAGAGCAAUAAUAUCUUAUGGUGGUAUUCUACAAAGUGUGUGUUUCAUAGCUUACUUUUGUUGCUGUUGGGAUGUUUGGAAUGGCAGGUGAGUUCUUGGUGGAAGUGAGAGGUAUGCUUUAGCUGGGUGUCUUUUAUUGAAGAGCGUAAAGGCCAUUAUGUGACUCUCUUUGGUAUCUUGUCUUCAGUCCAUUGUGUCAUCAGUUAUUUCUGAGCGAUCAAAUGGUGCCAAGUGGAUUGAACAAAAACAUGUUUAGGAGAAAAAAAAAAAAAAGUAAAACACAAAUGAGCUUUACAGGAUUAUGAACUGAGACAGUGUUAGUGACCAAAUAGCGGAGUUAUAUUUUUAGGUUUAUUAUAAAAAGACGUGACUGUUUCAAGGCAAAUUUAGCUGCUACCCUCUUCUGUGAUGUAGUUUCCACCUUUAGUUAACAUACAUCCACAUCAAUAAAUUAAUUCUCUAUUAAUUGAAAAGCGCACAAGUCAACUUUAAGAGCAAACCUUUUCUGUUAAUGAGAUUGAGGCCUUAUCUUUUUUGUUAUGCUCAUUGUUUUGUGAAAGCAAAAAGAAAAAAAGAAAAAAAAGAUUUAAAUAAAUCUUAACAUGUUUAGUAAACCAAACAUCCAUGCAUGCGGCAUUGUGAAUUUCACGUAGAGGCCCAUGAUCCUGAACUGACCUCUUUUCUUUGUGCUAUGAUCUUUAGUUAUGUGAAAUUUCUGGUCCUUGGAUACUAACACGGGUCUUUUUUUUUUUUAAUGUGAAUCCCCUCUAUCCUCAGUCUGUAUUAUGGUGCUAUAUAUUUGAUAAACUGAUAAUCCUUUAUUAAUGGGGAAUGAUUUUUUCAAAACUGUAACUGAGGGGAAGUUAAGUUGUUUUCUGUUUUCUUGUAUUUUGGAUACAAAUAAAAAAAAUAAUACAAAAAAAUUUGUAGAAAAUUUAAAAAAAUAUUAAAACAAUCCUUUUACCCUCAUGGUACAUCUGGGCCUACAGUAAAGUAUGGGGUUUGUACAUAUGUUCCUGUUUUUGAUUGUGUCUGUACAUGUUCUUUACUUUCGUUGUCAUGGUAAUUUGUGCCGUGAGCAAGAGGUUUAAUAGCCUUUCCCUUGAAUUUGUACAUAAUUAAAAUAGCGUGAAAAAGACAAUGUUGUUUUUUUGUUUGUUUUUUACAAACCUUGCAAACGUCAGCAUGGAUGUCGAAAAGCAUUAAUUGGAGAUACUUCACUAAAUACUUUUUAACACUGAAUAAAAGUAUACAAAAAGUGUUCUAA